AUGGCUGCCAACGACUAUUAUCACACGAACAUCCCACAACCUCCGGCCUACGAUCAAGCCGUACCGGGAAAGCCUGAUCAGACAAGCCACACCGCCAAUACUUUACCUGGAAUCGGGUACUCAAGCCCCAACCACGAUGAUCCCUCAGCCCCUUAUCACAACCGCGAGAGCCAACAAUCGUUUGUAUCAGACAAUGGACACUACCAAGCAGCAGGCCGAGUAGGGGACGGGGACCACUACUCAGAGAAUAUCCCGCUCAAAGCCAACACACAAUAUGGAAACAACCCGGAUUGGAUGCGCCAACAAACUCAGUACCCUCCAUCGCCAGGGGGUCUUGAAGAUACCCGCCAACGUGAUAGCCGAAAAAAGAAGGGGUUCUUCAGCAAAAAGAUUGCUUGGGUCACAUACCUCUUAACACUGGCCCAGAUAAUCGUUUUGAUUGUCGAGCUGGUUAAGAAUGCCCAAUUAACAGGAUCAGUGAUCGAGACGAAGCCCAACUUCAAUCCGAUGAUCGGACCAUCGCCAUAUGUCCAAAUUUACAUGGGAGCACGCUACAACCCAUGUAUGAAGAACGUCGAGGGAAUCCAGAACGCCAACCUACCUAUCAAGUGGCCGUGUCCAAACACUACCACCACCGAUUCAGAAUGCAGCUUGUCAGAGCUUUGUGCUUUUGGAGGUGUCCCCAACCCCGUUGCCAACGGGUCAACGGAUGAUCAACCGGCUCCCAACCAGUGGUACCGGUUCAUCAUCCCCCUCUUCUUACACGGUGGAUUUGUUCAUAUCGGUUUCAACUUGCUGGUUCAGAUGACCAUGGGCGCAGAUAUGGAGCGCAUGAUCGGUGUCUGGCGGUAUGCGUUGACAUACCUGGCCAGCGGUAUCUUUGGAUUCGUCUUGGGCGGAAACUACGCCUCCCAGCUUGAACCCAGUGUCGGCUGCUCUGGUGCUCUGUUCGGUAUUCUUGCACUCUACUUACUGGACUUGUUAUACGACUGGCCUCAGCGCGAGUCUCCCUGGGUCGAGUUGAUCAUCAUGAUCCUCGGAGUGGGCAUUUCCUUCGUCCUCGGCCUUCUUCCCGGAUUGGACAACUUCUCUCACAUUGGUGGUUUUGUGAUGGGACUUGCUAUUGGCUUGACUAUCAUGCGGUCUCCCAACGCUCUCCGCGAACGGAUCGGGCUGGCACGUCAGCCUUAUGUUGCCAUGAGCGGCGGUGCCGGCCAAGAAGGCGCGCCCAACCGAAAGACAGUUUCUUUCAUGGACUUUUUCAAGGGCAAAGGUGGUCUUACCUCCAGAUCUUCUGAGAACUCGGGCGACAGUAAAGGCCCGCUUUACUUCUUCAAAGGUCGUAAGCCGCUUUGGUGGUUGUGGUGGGUUGUUCGCGCUGGAGCUCUGGUUGCAGUGCUUAUCGGCUUCAUCAUGUUGAUUGUUGACUUCUACAAAUACCCCUCCUCGAAUUGCUCGUGGUGCUACCGGCUGAGCUGCCUGCCUGUGAAUGGCUGGUGCGACCAAAACAGCUUGACCACUACCACUACUAAGAGCACCUGA